GGCCAUUUCACCAUCAAGCUCUUUACAGAUUGAGCUCGGCGCUCUGCUCUCGUUUCGCUCAAACCCAGAAAAAUGAAGAUGUCGAGGGGGCCAUUCGACUAUGCCAAGAAUCGUUGGAGGUUUUGCCUUCACUGCACCCAGACAAAUAUUUCAGCUACCCGUGGUUGCAGUAAGUUACAGAGUGCGGCGCAAGUCUGCUGAUUUGUCGCUCGCUGUAGAGAACUACAGAGUGGCAUCACAACAUCCCACGCAAGGCUUUCCAGAGCGCAUUAUGACAGCCUGGAACUGGAUUAUCGCAGCAGAGCAGCACAGUCCCCUAUCUGUGCUGGAGUCCUACACAACAUUUUUCGAACUUCUUGACCGUCACUUGGCAACACGAUCAUCGACAAUUUCAAGGCGUGAAGCUGCUGCUGCAUUCAGUGGUGCCAGAUCACUGCCUGUAGAUGCGGCAACAUGUGCCAUCUUGCAUGACAAUCUACGACGCGCAGUCGAACUCGUGGAACAGGGCCGUGGCCAACAGUGGUCGUUGGCCUCUCGCCUGAGGAGUCCACUUGAAGACCUCGAGUCCACAAAUCCCAACCUAGCUCACAUGUUCUCGGAGCUCAGCAAGUGUCUGUCCGAGGCUCAAGGUUCCACGCUCAGCACAGAUCGAGGAGAGUAA